GAACCGCGGCGGUGGUGUCCGCGACGCCGCGUCUGGCAACCACACGGAUGCGCGAGGAGACGGGGGAAGACGCCAAUCGCCUGCCGUCUCUGCGGGUUACCCCGGGUUUAGCCCGUGAACUUUGGCACACUUAAUUUCAGCGGUCGCACUUUUUUUUCCCUUUGCUGAAACGCGUCGAUCUCUCCGAUGAGCCACGCCGCCGUGCUUUGCUGCACAACAUGUACGUGUGGUUUACCAUUUUAGCCGGACUGGCGCUUCUGCCCUUUCUGCUGAAAACGCGAUUCCCCUAUCUGGGAGAGGACUGCGUGUACACGCUGAGGAGCGUCCUGCUGGGCGCCAGGCUGACUUGGUACAAGAAGAGGAAGCCGUUCUACAGCAUCCUGGACUGCUUCUUGGACGCGGUCGAGAGACACCCCGACAAGACGUUCCUGCACUACGAGGGCCAAGCCUACUCUUACGCGGAGGUGGACAGGCGCAGCACCCGGGUGGCCAGGGCUCUGCGGAGCCACGCCGGCGUGCGGGAGGGGGACAAGGUGGCCCUGUUCUCCGGGAACGAGCCCUGCUUCGUGUGGACAUGGCUGGGCCUGGCCAAGCUGGGCUGCGCCGCGGCGCUGCUCAACUUCAACAUCAGAUCCAAGUCUCUCCUGCACUGUUUCUCCUGCUGCGGAGCCAGGACCCUGAUCGUGUCUGCAGAGCUGCAGGACGCUGUGGAAGAGGUUUUGCCGAAGUUAAGAGAACAGGGCAUCUCUGUGUACAUCCUGUCAGAAGAAUGCAGCACCGAGGGGAUCAACACGUUGUCUGACAAAAUCUCCCAAGCCUCCGAUGAGCCUCUGUCCCGUGAUCUCAGGGCCAACAUCAAUGUUAAGAGCACUGCUCUCUAUAUCUACACCUCAGGCACAACAGGUUUACCGAAAGCAGCGCUCAUCACUCACGAAAGGGUGUGGGCAGCAUCCUUCAUCCAGGCAGUCUCGGGGGUCACAUCAGACGACAUCUUCUACAUCAAUCUCCCGCUCUACCACAGCGCCGGCUUCCUCAUCGGCCUGGCCGGGGCGAUUGAGAGGGGUAUAACCGUUGUUCUGAGGAGAAAAUUCUCAGCCUCUCAGUUCUGGGAGGACUGCAGAAAGUACAAUGUAACAGUGAUGCAGUACAUAGGCGAAACAUUGCGCUACCUCUGCAACACACCCAAGAAAGACAAUGAAAAGGACCACAGAGUAAGGAUUGCCAUCGGCAACGGAGUCCGACUGGACGUCUGGACUGAGUUUCUGGAUCGAUUUGGCGACAUUAAAGUCCGAGAACUGUAUGCUGCCACCGAGGGAAAUAUUGGCUUCAUUAAUUACACUUCCAAGAUAGGUGUGGUCGGACGGGUCAAUUUUCUCCACAGGAGGUUUUUCCCGUACACGUUGAUCAAGUUUGACAUAGAAAAAGAGGAACCCGUCAGGAAUUCACGGGGUCUGUGCGUCAAAGCAGACAGAGGUGAGACCGGCCUUCUGGUGGGAAAGAUUACCAAAAUAUCUCCCUUUAUUGGCUACGCCGGCAACCAAGAGCAGACGGAGAAGAAGAGGCUUCGCGAUGUCCUUAAGAAAGGUGACCUGUACUUCAACUCCGGGGACCUGCUCCGGAUCGACCACGAGAACUUUAUUUACUUUCAGGAUAGAGUCGGAGACACUUUCAGGUGGAAGGGCGAGAACGUUGCCACGUCGGAGGUGGCAGACACUCUGACAACGGUGCACGACAUCCUGGAGGCAAAUGUGUACGGCGUGAAAGUGGAAGGACACGAGGGCAGGAUCGGCAUGGCGGCUCUCAUUCUGCAAGAAGGCAAAGAAUUCGACUGUUCCGAGACCUUCAAGCAAGUCGCAAACUACCUUCCGGCCUACGCAAGACCCCGCUUUUUAAGGAUUCAGAACUGCCUUGAGAUGACAGGGACUUUCAAGAUGAAGAAAAUGAAGCUGGUGGAAGAAGGAUUCGAUCCAGGCCUCAUAAAAGAUCCUUUGUAUUUCCUGGACCUGGAGCGGAAAACGUACGUCCCGCUAACGAAGCAGAUCUACGCCGCAGUGACCUCAGGGGACAUAAAACUCUAAAAGGAAGCCCGGGAUGCUCAGACAAUGUGAAACUACAGAAAAGCUAGAAGUACGUAUACUGAAUGUCGGACCAGCUUGCUCAGCACCAUGUAACUAUGAACAUUAGCCACUAAUCUCAGGGACAGGCGACCGUCGCGACACUCAGAUUGUCAAAGAAGGUUCAUCUGGACACAACGUUUGUUGACACAUACGUUUCAUCACUCAGCUAAGUGACCACCUCAGUCUAAACUGACCGCAGGUAUCCCCAACAGUACAGGACAGUGCCAAACAGCCGAAACCAGCAACCAGUUUCAUAUGCUACAUUCAUAUUCAUACACACUGAUCAUGUGUAGGCGGCACAGUGGUUAGCGCGGUCCCCUCACAGCGAGAACGUCCUGGGUUCGAGUCUCAGGGUAGUCCAACCUUGGGGGUCGUGCCGGUUCGUCCUCUGUGUGGAGUUUGCAUGUUCUCCCCCGCGUCUGUGUGGGUUUCCUCCCACAGUCCAAAGAAAUGUAGGUCAGGUGAAUCAGCCGUACUGGCCCUGUGAUGGCCUGGUCACCUGUCCAGAGUGUCUCCCCGCCUGCCACCCAUUGACUGCUGGGAUAGGUUCCCGCAGCCCCGUGACCCUGAGAGCAGGAUAAGCGGUUCGGAUAAUGGAUGGAUGAUCAUGUGUACUGUUCACAGAGGAUUAGGGGUUUAGGGUCGCCAUCUCACAGCAUUGCGAGUUGGCGACAGGUGUUCUCUGGAUACCUGCAGUCAGUUCCGACUGAAGAGGUCAACUCAGAUGAGGGAUAAAACGUAUCCGUCAGUAAACCUUGUAUCCUGAUGAAAUGAUUCAACUUUCUUUGAUGUUCUUACCUGGAUUGUUGAGCAUGCAUCAAGACACACUCGGAUCAUGUUUUAAUAAGACAGGAGUUAAUGAUAACACAAUUACUGUGCUUUUUUUGUUUUGUUGUACAAAUAGCAUUUUCAUAUACAGGUACUUCUCAUUGUACUUUCAGUGAACUUGUUUUAAAAUGGAUCCCUACGUAAAAUAAUUGUGUACAUGUGCUUUUUAUCCCGUAAGCAAAUCCACUAACAACGUUUUGUAAGUGAAAUAAAGGUGAGAAACCA